UUGUAAUUGAAAAUGAGGACAAAUAGUUGAAUAGGACACAGUACUUUGGAAUCCUGAGACUCCAAGGAACAUUGAACCAACACUCCUUUACUCUGUCUUUAUUCUUCUUCUACAACACCAGCUCCAAGUGUGUAAGGAGUAAUCCAAAAUGCACAUAAAGUAAGCAGAUUUUGAGGCCAUCAAGGAAAGAUGAGUGACAAUUUGAUGGAGAAAGUGAACGCCUUGGGGGAGCGCCUCAAAGUUGGUGGGGUUGAGGUGGGUAGGAAGAUGAGUGCUGGAAUGAGUUCUGUGAGCUUCAAGGUCAAGGAGUUUUUCCAGGAGCCAAACAUGGCUGAUAAACUUGUUGGGGAUGCUACCUCUGAAGCCCUUGAUGAGCCUGAUUGGGGUCUCAUUCUUCAUAUUUGUGACUUGGUUAAUGCUGAAAAGCUCAACACUGGUGAAGUGGUCCGUGCAGUGAAGAAAAGGGUGGGGACUAAAAGUUCUAGAGGUCAGUACUUGGCUUUGGUUUUGCUUGAAGCAUUGGUCAAGAACUGUGACAAGGCUUUCUUUGAGGUAGCAGCUGAGAGAGUCCUUGAUGAGAUGGUCAAGCUCAUUGAUGAUCCUCAGAGUGUUGGUAAUAGCAGGAACAAGGCUUUGAUGAUGGUUGAGGCUUGGGGAAAGGCAACGACUGAGCUUCGCUAUCUGCCUGUUUAUGAAGAAACUUACAAGAGUUUGAAAUCAAGGGGGAUUCGAUUCCCUGGUCGUAACAAUGAAAGCUUGGCUCCUAUUUUCACUCCUCCUCAUUCUGCCUCUGCUCCAGAGGCUGAUAUCAGUCUUGCACAUCUUAUUCAACAGGAUGUUGUUCCUGUGCAAAGUUUUACCUCUAAACAAAUAAAGGAAGCUUUUGAUGUUGCAAGAAAUAGCAUUGAGCUUCUCUCUACUGUGUUAUCUUCUUCAAACCAGCAAGGUGUUUUGAAGGAUGAUCUGACCACCACAUUAGUACAACAGUGCCAUCAGUCCCAAACUACUGUCCACAGAAUCAUUGAAACCUCUGGGGAUAAUGAAGCACUGCUUUUUGAGGCCUUGCAUGUGAAUGAUGAGAUUCAGAAGGUUCUUUCCAAAUAUGAGGAGCUGAAGAAGCAUGCAAUUGUUCCACUUGAACCUCAACCAGCUAUGAUACCUGUUGCUCUUGAGCCUGAUGAGUCACUGCCCUAUUUUUCAAAAGAGGAUGCCUUGAUUAGAAAGCCAGCUGGUUCAAGAGUCCAGAGAUUGAGCCAAGAUGAUGACAUGAUGGAUGAUCUUGAUGAGAUGAUUUUUGGCAAAAAGGGUGGGGAUUCAUCUGAAUGGAGACAAGAUCCAAACAAACAACAAUCAUCAAAAUAUGAUCCCAUCUCCUUCUAGUUUACCUAUAUAAAUAGUUAGAAUAUAUGUUUGGAUAACUUAUCUUUUUUCAGAAUGAGAAGCUACUCACAGAAGCUUCACACCAUAAUUGAUACAGACUUCAAAAUGAAUUAUAAAAGGAUUUCCAAACAUGACAAAAUCAUAUUAUAGGAGUGUCCCUAUGAUUUGACGA